CAUUACGCAGCCCCCCGCGCCGGAAGAGCGCCCUGCUCGUUUGGUUGUUCCCCACCGCCCCAGUGGGAGGGGGCCACGGGGCCGCUAGACUGAGCCCUAGGAGACGUCGGCAGCGCGGACCUUCCGCGGUCGAAGAGCCAAGGAGCGACCUGUGUUGUCUGGAAAAAGAGAGAGAGGAAGGUCGCGCAACUGGGCACUGCUGCGGAGGGAUCCUGUUUCUGGGUGGCGGAGGGAUUUGGUCGUACGCUGACUUCCGGCGAGCCCCGACCUGAGAGGAAAAGCCCCGAAGGAAACAAUAACAAACGUUGGAGGAAGCGGUUUAGGGUUUCUUGCGUUGAGCGGGUUUCGCCUGAGAAGAUGAGCUUCGGCCCCUGUCAGCGGACGUGAGCGCCAUCAGUGGGCCCACCCAAAGCUACUCUCUCUGCGCCGCGGGCCCCUGUGCGACCAUGGCGGGCAUUGGGCCGGGGGGCUACGCGGCGGAGUUUGUGCCGCCUCCGGAGUGCCCGGUCUUUGAACCCAGCUGGGAGGAGUUCACAGACCCGCUCAGCUUCAUCGGCCGCAUCCGGCCCCUGGCGGAGAAGACCGGCAUCUGCAAAAUCCGACCGCCCAAGGACUGGCAGCCUCCAUUUGCAUGUGAAGUAAAAAGCUUUCGUUUCACUCCCAGAGUCCAGCGCCUGAAUGAACUUGAGGCAAUGACCAGAGUAAGACUGGACUUCUUGGAUCAACUAGCGAAAUUUUGGGAACUUCAAGGUUCGACCUUGAAGAUCCCUGUGGUAGAGAGAAAAAUCUUGGAUCUGUAUGCUUUGAGCAAGAUUGUUGCCAGCAAAGGUGGUUUUGAAAUGGUCACCAAAGAGAAGAAAUGGUCUAAAGUGGGUAGCCGCUUGGGAUAUCUGCCAGGAAAAGGAACUGGGUCUCUUUUGAAGUCACAUUAUGAAAGAAUUCUCUACCCAUAUGAACUUUUCCAGUCUGGUGUCAGCCUUAUGGGUGUACAAAUGCCUAAUUUAGAUCUUAAGGAAAAAGUGGAGCCUGAGGUUCUUGGAACUGAUGUCCAAACUUCCCCAGAAUCGGGCACAAGAACGAACAUUCUGCCGAAGAGAACAAGACGUGUCAAAUCUCAGUCAGAAUCUGGAGAAGUGAAUAGAAACACGGAACUGAAGAAACUUCGAAUUUUUGGGGCUGGGCCCAAGGUUGUAAGCCUGGCAAUGGGAGUAAAAGAUAAAGAAGAUGAGGUCUCCCGAAGACGAAAAGUUACCAACAGGUCAGACGCAUUUAACAUGCAAAUGAGACAACGGAAAGGAACUCUCUCUGUUAACUUUGUUGAUCUCUAUGUUUGUAUGUUUUGUGGUCGGGGAAAUAAUGAAGAUAAAUUGCUGUUGUGUGAUGGAUGUGAUGACAGCUACCAUACGUUUUGUUUAAUCCCCCCACUACCGGACGUGCCCAAAGGAGACUGGAGGUGUCCUAAAUGUGUCGCUGAGGAAUGUAAUAAACCUAGAGAAGCCUUUGGAUUUGAACAAGCUGUACGAGAGUAUACACUUCAGAGCUUUGGAGAGAUGGCAGAUAAUUUUAAGUCUGAUUAUUUCAAUAUGCCAGUCCAUAUGGUUCCCACAGAGCUAGUAGAGAAGGAAUUCUGGCGGCUGGUGAGUAGCAUUGAAGAAGAUGUUAUUGUGGAGUAUGGAGCUGAUAUCUCCUCAAAAGACUUUGGAAGUGGAUUUCCUGUAAAGGACGGUCGGAGAAAGAUGCUGCCGGAAGAAGAGGAAUAUGCACUCUCUGGUUGGAACUUGAAUAACAUGCCCGUUCUAGAGCAGUCUGUUCUUGCACAUAUCAAUGUAGACAUCUCUGGUAUGAAGGUGCCAUGGCUUUAUGUGGGAAUGUGUUUCUCUUCCUUUUGCUGGCACAUAGAAGAUCAUUGGAGUUACUCUAUCAACUACUUGCACUGGGGGGAGCCAAAGACAUGGUAUGGUGUCCCAUCUCAUGCUGCAGAACAACUGGAGGAGGUGAUGAGGGAGCUGGCCCCUGAGUUAUUUGAAUCCCAGCCUGAUCUCCUGCAUCAGUUAGUCACCAUCAUGAACCCGAAUGUGCUAAUGGAGCAUGGUGUGCCUGUGUACAGGACCAAUCAGUGUGCCGGAGAGUUUGUUGUGACGUUUCCUCGAGCUUAUCACUCAGGAUUCAACCAGGGCUACAACUUUGCUGAAGCUGUGAACUUCUGUACUGCUGACUGGUUGCCUAUUGGACGUCAGUGUGUCAAUCAUUACCGGCGGCUGAGACGCCAUUGCGUCUUCUCACAUGAGGAGCUGAUUUUCAAGAUGGCAGCAGAUCCAGAGUGCCUGGACGUGGGGCUGGCUGCCAUGGUGUGCAAGGAAUUGACGCUCAUGACUGAAGAGGAGACACGCUUAAGGGAGUCUGUUGUGCAGAUGGGUGUCCUGAUGUCAGAAGAAGAAGUGUUUGAGCUUGUUCCCGAUGAUGAGCGACAGUGUUCAGCGUGCAGAACCACUUGCUUUCUCUCUGCUCUCACGUGUUCCUGUAAUCCUGAGCGGCUCGUGUGUCUCUACCAUCCAACUGAUCUGUGCCCCUGCCCCAUGCAGAAGAAAUGUCUUAGAUAUCGAUAUCCAUUAGAGGACCUCCCUUCUCUGCUAUAUGGUGUGAAAGUCCGGGCACAGUCCUAUGACACUUGGGUCAGUCGUGUGACAGAAGCAUUAUCUGCCAGCUUCAACCACAAGAAAGAUUUGAUUGAGUUACGAGUAAUGCUGGAAGAUGCUGAGGACAGGAAGUAUCCAGAGAAUGAUCUCUUCCGACAGCUCCGGGAUGCUGUAAAAGAGGCUGAGACCUGUGCUUCUGUGGCUCAGCUACUUCUGAGCAAAAAGCAGAAACACAGGCAGAGCCCAGAUAGUGGGAGGACUCGGACCAAACUGACAGUGGAAGAGUUGAAGGCCUUUGUCCAACAACUUUUUAGUCUUCCAUGUGUCAUCAGCCAAGCGCGACAAGUAAAGAAUCUGCUGGAUGAUGUGGAAGAGUUUCAUGAGCGUGCUCAAGAGGCUAUGAUGGACGAAACCCCAGAUUCAUCUAAACUCCAGAUGUUGAUAGAUAUGGGCUCUAGUCUCUAUGUGGAGCUCCCAGAAUUAGCCCGAUUGAAGCAAGAGCUACAGCAGGCUCGAUGGUUGGAUGAAGUAAGACUGACCCUAUCAGAUCCUCAGCAAGUCACUUUGGAUGUCAUGAAGAAAUUGAUAGACUCUGGGGUGGGGCUGGCCCCCCACCAUGCUGUGGAGAAAGCUAUGGCUGAACUUCAGGAGCUCCUUACAGUCUCUGAGCGGUGGGAAGAAAAGGCUAAGGUCUGCCUACAGGCAAGACCACGGCACAGCGUGGCAAGUUUAGAAAGCAUUGUGAAUGAAGCCAAGAACAUUCCAGCCUUUCUACCCAAUGUGUUAUCCCUGAAAGAAGCCUUACAAAAGGCUCGAGAAUGGACAACUAAAGUGGAAGCUAUUCAGAGUGGCAGCAAUUAUGCUUACUUGGAACAGCUGGAGAGCUUAUCGGCUAAAGGCCGCCCCAUCCCUGUGCGACUUGAUGCCUUGCCCCAAGUGGAGUCACAAGUAGCAGCAGCACGGGCCUGGAGAGAACGGACUGGGAGGACCUUUCUGAAGAAGAAUUCCAGCCAUACGUUGUUACAGGUGCUUAGUCCCCGGACUGACAUUGGUAUUUAUGGGAGUGGAAAAAAUAGAAGGAAAAAAGUGAAGGAACUAAUAGAAAAGGAAAAAGAAAAGGAUCUAGACCUUGAGCCUCUGAGUGAUCUGGAGGAGGGAUUGGAGGAAACCAGAGAUGCAGCCACAGUGGUGGCAGUUUUCAAAGAACGGGAGCAAAAAGAGAUUGAAGCCAUGCAUUCCCUCAGAGCAGCCAACCUAGCCAAGAUGACAAUGGUGGACCGCAUAGAAGAAGUCAAGUUCUGCAUUUGCCGUAAGACAGCAAGUGGGUUUAUGCUCCAGUGUGAGCUCUGCAAAGACUGGUUUCAUAACAGCUGUGUUCCUCUUCCUAAGUCAAGUUCCCAGAAGAAAGGGUCUAGCUGGCAGGCUAAAGAAGUAAAGUUCCUGUGCCCUCUUUGUAUGCGAUCUCGACGGCCAAGGCUGGAGACUAUUCUGUCCCUCCUGGUAUCCCUUCAGAAGCUGCCUGUGCGGCUGCCUGAGGGAGAAGCUCUUCAGUGUCUGACGGAACGUGCGAUGAGUUGGCAGGAUAGGGCCCGGCAAGCCCUUGCCACAGACGAACUCUCCUCUGCCCUGGCCAAACUGUCCGUGCUGAGCCAGCGGAUGGUGGAGCAGGCAGCUCGAGAAAAAACUGAAAAGAUCAUCAGUGCAGAGCUCCAGAAAGCUGCUGCUAAUCCAGACUUACAGGGACACUUACCUAGCUUCCAGCAGUCUGCUUUCAACCGGGCGGUGAGCAGUGUAUCUUCUUCCCCUCGGCAAACGGUGGACUAUGAUGAUGAGGAGACAGACUCUGAUGAGGACAUUCGGGAGACCUACGGCUAUGACAUGAAGGACACAGCCAGCGUGAAGUCCUCCAGUAGUCUGGAACCCAAUCUUUUUUGUGAUGAAGAGAUUCCCAUCAAGUCUGAGGAAGUGGUCACUCACAUGUGGACAGCGCCCUCCUUCUGUGCAGAGCAUGCUUACUCUUCUGCUUCGAAGACUUGUUCCCAAGGUUCUAGCACCCCAAGGAAGCAACCUCGGAAGAGCCCUUUGGUGCCUCGGAGUUUGGAGCCUCCAGUGCUGGAGCUGUCCCCCGGAGCUAAAGCCCAGUUGGAAGAACUUAUGAUGGUCGGGGAUCUCCUAGAGGUGUCUUUGGAUGAGACGCAACACAUAUGGCGGAUUUUGCAGGCCACACACCCACCCUCUGAAGACAGAUUCCUGCAUAUCAUGGAGGAUGACAGCAUGGAAGAAAAGCCAUUGAAAAUAAAAGGAAAGGACUCUUCAGAGAAGAAACGGAAACGGAAGCUAGAAAAAGUAGAACAGCUUUUUGGAGAAGGAAAACAGAAGUCCAAGGAGUUAAAGAAAAUGGAUAAACCUAAAAAGAAGAAAUUAAAAUUAAGUGCAGAAAAAUCAAAGGAGCUGAACAAACUGGCCAAGAAACUAGCAAAAGAAGAAGAGAGAAAGAAAAAGAAGGAGAAGGCUGCUGCAGCCAAAGUUGAGCUUGUGAAAGAGAGUUCUGAAAAGAAGAGAGAGAAGAAGGUGCUGGACAUCCCUUCCAAGUAUGACUGGUCGGGAGCAGAGGAGUCUGACGAUGAGAACGCAGUGUGUGCGGCUCAGAACUGCCAGAGGCCCUGCAAGGACAAGGUAGACUGGGUACAGUGUGAUGGUGGCUGUGAUGAGUGGUUUCAUCAAGUUUGUGUGGGUGUGUCUCCAGAAAUGGCGGAAAAUGAAGAUUACAUCUGUAUAAACUGUGCAAAGAAGCAGGGGCCAGAGAGCCCCAGUCAAGCACCACCUCCUUCUUUCAUAAUGAGCUACAAACUACCAGUGGAGGAUCUUAAAGAGACCAGUUAGCAGGUGCUGGGAUACAGUUUGGGACAUGGGGAAAAUGGACCACACUGGACUGUAGUCAUCAAGCAGAGUGGUUUAGAUCCACUCAGAAUGUUGCUUCCAAAGACGAAUGGCCUUCUGAGAAAGUCCUCUUAGCUGACUUCCUCUUUGCAUGGACGUGUGGUCUCCAUUCUCUGUCAGCACAUCUAUGCUGAGGGUGUCUUCUUUGGCACAGCAGCCAGUGUUUCAGUUCAUGUCUCCUCUGAGAUUGAUUGUCACACGAAGGCCAGACAUUCGAUUGAGUUCUGGGGUGGCUGGUGGGCAUUCACGCCUUGGUGUGCUAGCAGGGAUUGUAGGAUAUGGCCUCUGGCCAGUUGAUGUUAGCUAGAGGUUUACAGCCCAGGGGCAGCACCACCUACCGCCUGGAGGGGCUGACUAGUUGGCGAGGAGUCAAGAGUACCACUUUCCUUCACUGUAACCUGGCAUGUGAUGCCUUACAGAUCCAGCUAGGAGAGCAUCAGGACCGAAGUUACUCCUGUUAGAGGAUAGUAGGUCUGUAGACCUCAGUUCCUUGUGCUUGUUUGUACCAAGAACAAAACCCCAAAUGAGAGGCAGAUCCCUGAUCGUCCUGAGGAGGAGGAUGUCCUCUGGUUCAGAAGUCUGACUAGCUUGGCUUCUGGGAAGAAGAGCUUUUCUCAUUUCAAGGCAAGGAGACUUUUUGGCUUUGAGAAGUCCUGCUGCCUUGGGUCUGCAUUUUAGAGAAGAGCAGGUACGUGUCUCCAGGCUUCUGCAGAAGCAAAGAAGACGAGUCAGAAUGUUUUACUGAGCCACAGUGAUGCAUGCUUUCUGGGGAAACCUUCAUUCACAAGCAUACCAGAUACCACCAGGCUUCAGGCAUGGCCACAAGCGAGACCAGCAGAUAACAGCUUUUGCCUUGCAGCCCCGCCCCCACUGAGUGUGGUUUCCAGGACCACCGGUUUCUGGUUGUGGCCCACAGCAGACGCCGUGGAAUCUCACCAUGGCUUCCUAGGAGGACGUGGGCUUAGAGCUCCUCUGGGUGAUAAAGUUGUUUUAGUAAAUUCAUUUUUUAAAAAAGAAAAGAAAAGACUUGUUUUUACUUUUUUCUAAAUGUCUCUGACUACUGACUGUUCUAUAAAUAGAUUAUUUUUCCUUUUUUAAUAUACAUAUAUGAAUAUAUAAAUAUAUAUAUAUUUACUGUUACCAGCAGCAUAUGACAGAGUUUCGACAUCAAGAAUCCAUUUGGAAGACAAACAAAAAAAAUCCAUUUGAGGGCUUGCUUUUUCUCUUGUUGCUUUUUAAUAAAGAAAUCCCAUUCCUUCCUUGUAGUACAAGGAGUUAGCGCUUCCUUAUCCAUCCUAGGCUGAUCAGAUCUUCCAUCCUGUUUUUGUUCAAAUAGAUAACUAUUUCCCUGUGUGUUGGGACAUGUCCCUGUCUGUGGGGAAUUUGGGCCUCACUGUGUCUGUGGUGGUGGGUCUGGUCUGUACUCUUUUGUAUGUGAAUGUUAGAAGCUGUGGUGCUGCGUCCUCUUCCGUCCUGUCGUGUUCUCUGUUCUUGUGAAGGGGCUAGGUCAGCGCUAUGGAAACUUUUAUUAGAAGGGGACUCAUUUUUUUUUUUUUUUUUAAGGGACAAAAAAAAAAAAACCCAAACAAAGAAACCCACCGAACAAAGUAAAAAUGGUGUUUUGCCUUUACUAUCCCGUGUCCCUUUAUUUUGGUUUAGAAAUCGUGGUUUGACUUAAACUCAUCAGCUUACCUUUUAAAAGGGGGUUCAGGGUGGGCCCAGAGAACAGCUUACACUCUCCUCUUCCCUUUCUGCCCUAGUCUCUUUUAAAGAAAUGUUUUCUAGUAACUAGAAGUGAAAUGUACUGUCCAGUCACAGUUUGAGUGGGUAUGAGAUUUAACUCAAAAGGCAUCUUACCGAAAAAAAAAAGAAAAACUUUUCCUAUAACAUCCAGUUUCUGGAAGUGCUUUCUCUAUGGUUUGUAUUCCCUAUUUUUUAGUCACUCUUCCCUUACUAUCAAAUAUUUUGUUUUGACCUGUUAAGAGGUUCCUAAGUGUUGGUGUGCAUGUCUUAAAAUCUGUAGCAUAUGUAUGAUUUAAGAUUUCAGUGGAAAUUGCAAGGUAAUUAACCAAUUUCAUAAGUUUUCAUUUUGCUAAUCUAUAUAAAGAUAUUAUUGCUUAGUUAAGAAUUUCAUGUGGUUGAUAUUCUAGAGAAAGCACACUAUUUUUUAUCUUUUGGUCGUCUCUGAAAAUCUUCAAAUGCUUAUGGGUUAAAAAUUGAGUGUAGUCGUAAGUGAUGGCUGCUUAGGAUACACUUAAAAAUAUUUUAUUGUUCCUUCAUUACUCAGCCAUCAGUUGAGGGGCCUGAGGAUGCUGAGAAGACAGCUAAGGGGUUUUACUUCAUGGAGUGUGGUAGAUGGCUGUAGAGAACUGUUAGGGAAUAAUUUAGGUCCAUAGUAUGCUGUUUGCCUGAGUAUUUGACCUGAGUGAAAAACGCAAGACAGUUUCCAACCAUGAAUAGCUUCCUGUUUAUCGUCUGACAUUUUGAAACUUAAAUAUAUCAUUUAAUUCACGCUGGGAUUUUCUGUUUUUAUUUGGAAGUCACAGAGGAUUUGGUCUGACUCUGACCCUUUAGACCAAGGCUGAGAAGAACGGAUGAGAGAAAUUAAUUUUAAAAAAGAAAAUAAAAAUAUAUAGAAAUAUAUAAUUUGGGAAUUAAUGAACUAAGAUUCAUCUGUUUUAAAAAAUGCUGAUGUUCUGUUAUAAAACUGUUUCACUUAGAGGAAAUUACAACUUAACUCCAUUCUUCCAUAUUGUAACACUUCGUAUUAAAACUUGAUUUAAAAUACCGUUUUACCCUUCCUAACUCCUCCCAGUUGCAAUUCUUCACUUGUUAUUUAAAAUUAUAUGUUAAUUCCUUUAUCAUAAAUUGUCUUGGCAAAGGUUAUAGAAAGGAUGGUGAAAACUAGGAGGUCAAAGAGUAGGUGGUUGGAACCUCGUGCCCCUAGCUGCAGGUGGUACCAGCAGCGUUCUCAUCUGCCUCCUGCCUGGACCGCAGAGCCAAGCGGAGCUGCUGGGGCCAGGCUUCCUCCUGGGUGCUGGACCUCUGUUCCACGUGCCUCAGAUGUGUGCUUGUGGACGACAGCUUUGGUAUGUUGGGCACCGGAUGGUUGAAAAGGUGGAUGUGACAUCUGUAGUUGCCCAGGAGUUACCUUAAUCAUCAAAACCCCAGUGAGGGCUGACCUGUGAGAGGAGAGUGGUGUUACCUGUCCUGUCUUCUUGACUUUUGUCUUCAGUAUGUGUCUAAAAAAUGUCAGUUGGUUUGUUUUAAUUUUUAGAUUCUGAAUGCAAUUCGGUGGUUGUAGGAGAAACUCCCUACUUACCAGUAUUUAAGUUCUAUAAUAUGCUUGUGUGACUAUGAGCCAGGACCUCAAGUAGGAGGAUGAAAGGAAAAACUUGAGAAAGCCCUUCUAAAUGGUAGGAUUAUCUACUCUUUAAAGGAGAAGUGGCCAUGUGAAGUGGAAUUUGAAGUUGUAAAUUGUGAAAAAAUUAAGCUGUUAAAAGUCCUGCACAUAACAAGGUUCAAUAAAGGUUUACAUAUGAACUAGCUUCAUAUGUGUAUAGAAAGUUGCUUUUGCAGUAGGUCCUUAAGUAUACAUUAUUAAAAGCAGAAAGUUGGUUUGCAUUUAACCUUUUGAAACCCCAUUUAAAAAAAUAUUAAAGCAUAUCAUUACUUUGGAUAUGAAUAUGCCAAGUGGCAUUUGGUAUUUACAGCACGAGAAGGAGGGAAUGGAUGUUAGUAUGUUUUGGAAUUGAAGGCUUCUCUUGGCCUGGAUCAUAUCCAGUGACCACUAUGCAAUGAAUGAUGUGUGCUAGAAAAGGAUGUGACGUGUUUUUAAUGUUGUAUCCUGCAUAUUCUUCCAUUUGCAAUACUCCAAGAUGUCUAAACAGGAAUGUCUUUUGUAAACCUCAAAGCCUGUUGAUUAUUCCCUUGCAUAUUUAUUUCCCUGUUAGUGAGACACUUGAAUAUAAUAUGGACUCUUAAUUUACCAGGGUUUUUGAUGGUGCCUUAUAAAAAGUACAACUUGAUUUCUGGUUUUUGAGCAUGUUUUGCAUUUCUUAUGUUUUCUGAAAGAACAUUAGACAUGGUUAUUUGCAUUACAUCUGAAAAAUAAAAAUCUGUGUGUGCUCUCAGGA